AUGAGAUUACAGCUCAUCUGCUGUGUGGCACUGGCAAGUCUCCUCCUGCACUCUUCCGUGAAGGAGGUCCAGUUGCAGCCUGUUCUCCGUGUUUCUGUGGGAAAAGGCGGCUUUUUUCAGUGGUUGCAAAUGAUUCUGUGGACAACUACAACUACAGCUCCUACGACUUCCACUUCGACUACGGAGCAAACACCGGAGAACUCCAUCGAAAGGGAAUGUGUGAGUUGUCAGUGUGGAUUAAUCAAUUCGUUGCGUAAGAUCGUGGGCGGUCAGGAGACUCGACGGCAUCAGUAUCCCUGGUUAGUUGCCGUGCUAAUUCUUGGGCACUUCUACUGCGCUGGAUCUCUCAUCAAUGAUCUGUACGUGCUAACAGCAGCCCAUUGUGUGCUGGGUGUUCCGCCGGAGCUGAUCACGCUCAGAUUCCUCGAGCACAAUCGCAGUGAUAGCGAUCCUCUGGUCCUGGAACGCCAAGCCGUCCAUGUCAAGGUCCAUGAGCUAUAUAAUCCACGCAGUUUCGAUAACGACAUUGCUCUGAUAACACUUGAUAAGCCGGUCAGCUUCGAGGGACUUAUACGACCCGUUUGUCUGCCAGACUCCGGCUCCAGCUUCGAUGGGAAGAUGGCUUUUGUGGCGGGUUGGGGAGCACGCCAAGAGGGAGGAUUUGCGACGGAUACUUUGCAGGAAGUCAAUGUGCUCGUUCUCAGCCAAUCUGAGUGCCGCAACUCCAGCUACACUCCAGCCCUGAUCUCCGACAAUAUGCUCUGCGCCGGCUACGUGGACGAGGAUGCCAGGGAUGCGUGCAGUGGCGAUAGCGGAGGUCCACUCCAUGUCCUUCUCGAUGGACAGCCGGGACAGUGCCAGGUGGCGGGCAUUGUCUCUUGGGGCAAGGGUUGUGCCAGACCCAAUACUCCCGGAGUUUACACAAGGGUCAAUCAAUAUCUGCACUGGAUUGAAGCCAGCACGCCGCAUGCCUGUGUGUGUGUUCCCAUUCCCGGGGAGGAUUACUAGCCAGGCUAAUUGCACGUCCUGACCAAGGCUGCAGCUCAUCUGUCAAACUUUGACUGCAACAAUGGAAAUCCCCAAAGGCAAAGCGCAAAACUUUUGGCGCUGAAUUUUGAAAUACGAGUAUUAGCAUAAACUACUUUGACUCAAUUUGCGUGCCAUUCAUUUCCCAACAGGCCACUCACACUCAAACUCGCACUCACACUCACACUCACACUCAUAUUUAUAUGCACAUUAGAUAUCCAUAACCGUAACCAUAACCGUAUCCAUUGGCAAAUAAAAAAGCAAUUUCAAAGUGGGUUAGCUAC